AUGUUGAAUAUCUCUACAUACGUCGUGUUACGCAUGUUGAUUGGCUUCAAUAUCACACCAGCUUAUUAUUCGUCAGUUUUGUGCAAAUUGCAAAUAUUUAUUUACAAUAUAUCAAUCGCUCUAUCGAAUUGGCUUAUGACCUGUUGUUGUAUUGAUCGAUUCUGUUCAUCAUCACGUAAUGCUGACGUACGACGAUAUAGCAAUAUGAAAAAUGCAUAUCGUGUAAUCAUCAUUGUUAUUAGCAUUAUUAUUUUUCUAUAUUCACAAAUAUUCUAUUGUUAUGACGCCAAUCAACCUGGUGGAGCAUUGUGCAAUCCAAUAAACAAUACAUGUAACAUUAUUAAUUCAGUAUUUGCUUUCAUCUUGCAAGCAAUUGGACCACCUAUAUCUAUGUUUGUUUUUGGUAUCGGUACAUACAAUCAUAUUCGUAUUGCUAAACAACAGCUAGUAGUGCCAAUAGAAAAGGCGACUGUGAGAACCAACGCGAAUAGUGGUGGCUAUACUAGAAACAACAAUCAAAUUAAUCCAAACGGUCGAAACAAUCAGAACAAUAACGUCUUACUUAUGCUCUGUGUACAAGUGAUCAUUUUAAUUUUCUUCUCACUUCCACUAUUCAUGUUCAGAAUUUAUUCAAGCGUUUCGGCUUUUUUUGUGAAAAGUAGCAAACAAAUUGCUAUAGAAAGCCUUCUUCUCAACUUAGCUGUCUGGCUUAACUUAUUCGACAAAAUAUUUUCGUUUUACAUCUACACAUUAGUGAGUGUUUUCUUUCGUCGUGAAUUAGCUAAAAUCUUCACGAAAAACCGUGUUAAUCGACGUAUUGCUCCUCGUCAAUAA